CUCCAGGACCCAGCAGUGUCCUCUGUCCAUUUCUCUGGGCCACUCCCCACCCCACCCCCCACCUAGAGCCCCUAAUUCAGGAUUUGGUACCUAGGGACCCCUCCCUACCCCAGCUAAUCUUCUCUGGACCAGGAGAGCAGACCCAGAUCCUACUACCUCCAUGAGCCCUACAGCCAGGAUGGGGGCCAGAGCAAUGCCCAGGCUGAGAUUGGCACUGCUGUUACUGCUGGUGCUAGGGGCGCCCAAGUCAGGGGUCCAGGGGGAGGAAGGUCUGGACUUCCCUGAGUAUGACGGCGUGGACCGAGUGAUCAAUGUCAAUGCAAAGAACUACAAGAACGUGUUCAAGAAGUAUGAGGUGCUGGCCCUCCUCUACCACGAACCCCCUGAGGAUGACAAAGCCUCACAGAGACAAUUUGAGAUGGAAGAGCUAAUCCUGGAGUUAGCAGCCCAAGUCCUAGAAGACAAGGGUGUUGGUUUCGGGCUGGUGGACUCUGAGAAGGAUGCAGCUGUGGCCAAGAAACUAGGUCUAACUGAAGAGGACAGUGUUUAUGUGUUCAAGGGAGAUGAAGUCAUUGAAUAUGAUGGUGAAUUUUCUGCAGACACCCUGGUGGAGUUUCUGCUUGAUGUCCUAGAGGACCCUGUGGAAUUGAUUGAGGGUGAACGAGAGCUGCAGGCAUUUGAGAAUAUUGAAGAUGAGAUCAAACUUAUUGGCUACUUCAAGAGCAAAGACUCAGAGCAUUACAAAGCCUAUGAGGAUGCAGCUGAAGAAUUCCAUCCCUACAUCCCCUUCUUUGCCACCUUCGACAGCAAGGUGGCAAAGAAAUUGACCUUGAAGAUGAAUGAGAUUGAUUUCUAUGAGGCCUUCAUGGAUGAACCUGUGACCAUCCCAGACAAACCCAACAGUGAAGAGGAAAUUGUCAACUUUGUGGAAGAGCACAGGAGGUCAACCCUGAGGAAACUGAAGCCUGAGAGUAUGUAUGAGACCUGGGAGGAUGAUCUGGAUGGAAUCCACAUUGUGGCCUUUGCAGAGGAAGCUGAUCCUGAUGGUUAUGAGUUCUUAGAGACUCUCAAGUCUGUGGCCCAAGAUAACACUGAAAACCCUGAUCUGAGCAUCAUCUGGAUUGACCCUGAUGACUUCCCCCUGCUGGUUCCAUACUGGGAGAAGACAUUUGACAUCGACUUGUCAGCCCCACAAAUAGGAGUCGUCAAUGUUACUGAUGCGGAUAGCAUAUGGAUGGAGAUGGACGAUGAAGAGGACCUACCUUCUGCUGAGGAGCUGGAGGACUGGCUGGAGGAUGUGCUGGAGGGUGAGAUCAACACAGAGGAUGAUGAUGAUGAUGAUGAUGAUGACGACGACAAUGAUGAUGAUGAUGAUGACGACGACUAGUUG